AUGACCUGUAAUUUAGCCAAGAGACGCAAUCGAGAUACCAAGCAAGAUUUGGAAAUGAUUUGGAGCGAUAAACUGGAAGCCGGGGACCUGUUAGCCUUGGCUGGCACAUUAGACGUUAAUAGUAUCAACAAACAGUUCUAUGCGGGCGAGGCAAGGCGUUUCCCCAAAGCCGCCCAGUCCACGGUCGAAUCAUGGGCGCAGCAUUCGCAUGACGCAAUUCUCCGCGCGGAGCAUGAACGCAUGGCCUCGGAGGAAUUGUUAACUCUGACACAGAACAUUCUGAAAGAUGCUAGUCAAGAUAUUACACAACAGAAAGAUGGGGUGAAUAGUGAAUUGCAGAAACGUCUGACUCAAUUGGAAGUGGAGUUGCAGAUUUAUAAGAAGAAACUCAAACAGACGUUGGAUGAGAUCGCCGAGGCGGAGAAGAUGAUAGAAACACUUCGCUGCGCCAUCUCCGAUAAGAACAAUUACAUCAAAUUGGUACAAACUCGAAUGCAUUUGCACAAUCAACGACCCGGAGUGGAGAACGCUCGAGACCCACCACAAAAAGUGAUGCUGGAUGAACUUGUCGAUCUGGAACAUUCCGUGGAUCGUCUCACUGAUCAACUAGUUACGGCAGAGAACAACUUGAAACGAUUACAAGAUAAUCAGAUGAUGACCGAGAAACAAAUCCAGUCGAAGAUGAAUUCAAUUCAAAUUGAUCACGAUCAUCUCACACGACAUCGGGCGUGUUUCCCCAGUACAAUCCGUCUACAAGGACAUUUCUGA